UCUGCCACAGGAGGGCAGACAUGACAAACGAUUUGUCACGUGACUUCGUCAGCUCCCUGUGUCAGUCUCUCCUAGCAAGUAGCUGGGUAGCUGUUAGCAUUUAUUCGAAAGCGAACACAACACGGAAACAAGCACCGUCUCGGACGUUCCUUGUUCCUAGGGAACACCCUGACUGGCCACGCUUCUCUCUAUACAUCCACUCUGCCUAAUUGGUAACGGCUAUCCGUGCCCCUGCUGCGCUCCUCUUCCGGUUGUCAAGCACGAAACCAUGUCGGCGGUGCAGCGGAUGAAAGUGGCUAACGAGCGGCACAGCAAGACGAUCACACAGCGGGGACACGUCCAGAAAACAUCGCGGCCUGUGAGCGAUGACAAGUCUCCGGUGGGUCCAUGGCUGCUGGCCCUUUUCAUCUUUGUGGUUUGUGGAUCAGCCAUUUUUCAGUUCAUCCAGAGCAUCAGGCAGGGCAUGUGAUGACCGUUGACCUGGGCUCAGCCGUGUCCUUGAAGAUGCCACUCACACACACACACACACCUGUUCCUGUGGAGUUUUUAAAAUGGGCUUAUUUUUCUUCCUUCUCCAUCUUGUCUCUCUCACUAAUGUUUUUUUACUUCCUAAUGAUGAAUAUGAUCAGAUGGUUAUUGAUUGAUAGAUUGAUUAAUUGCUGUAAGCUGUUCAAGUCUUAGGUCUGGUGUGGUUGUCCAUCUGAUAAGGGCGCUGGUCUGUGAGCACUGAGGAUCUGUUGUGUGACAGGUCAGGUCAUGUGACAUCCUCACAUGGCCAUAUAUUGUUAUUGAUGAGAUCAGUGUCAGUCUGGUUUACUGUGAAUUUAUUUAUUACAAGAUGUUGUCCACAUCUCUGAUCUGUCACAUGACGUUACAUGAUCCUGACGAAAGGGCUUUUAAUGUGAAAAUCCCUUCAGGAAGAGACUAAUCAGCUGCAGCUCAGGACUGGAAGGAUCCUAGUGAGUGAUUUUUCUGCUUCCUGUUUGUACUGAAAAAAAGUGGUAGGUGUUCAGGAAAGAGAUUUCAGAACUGACUACAGAUACACCUGUUCACAGCUCAGCGCCUCCUCCUGGACAACCACCUCUGCUUUUAUACAAAAUAAACUUGGAUAUUUUCUCUACUUUCAC